AUGGGUUCGUGGGUUGAUGGUCAUGGGUUCAUGGGCGAAUGUGAUCUCAGCUACAACCAGCUGUCGGGAAGAAUCCCUUCAAGCAUCGGGAACCUCUUCAGGCUGAGCACAUUUGAUCUCAACCACAACCAGAUGACUGGCACGAUACCGGACGAUAUAACAAACUUAAUCAACCUCACACUGCUGGACCUGAGCUCAAACCGUCUAACCGGCACCAUACCACAAGGGCUUUCUAAUCUUGCCCAGCUACAAGCUCUCAACCUGAGGGACAAUCAGCUGACAGGGAAGGUGGUGGAGCCGGUGCCACCAGCAGUGAGGGUGUACAAGCUGGACCACAACUACCUCACUCAGGGGUUCUCCUCCCCCCCGCCUUGCGGGCAAGGCUACAUCACCUUCAGCAGCAACUGUGCGGCCGCACCGGCACAGGGCAUGGCAUGUGCCGACGAGACUCAAAGGGAUAAAGCCGUGUUCUCUGCCUUCUGCGGUGUCUCUCCCACCGACCCUCCCUGCAACGGCCAUGGCGUGUGCUUCUUGGACGGCCCCAGCAACACGCCCACAUGCCUCUGUGACGAUAACUACGUGAUUGGGGAGUUCCCUUGCAGCUGCGUGCCUGUGGCAGGUGGUAAGAUGGAGCAAGAGUUGAUCCCCACAGCGGCCACGCUCACAACCAGUGGCGAUGUUACCCUGAAUGCUGCAACAACCACGCUCACUCUCACGCCCGCCCAGCCGUCCAAGGCUGGCAGUGUGUUCCUGGCAGCGCGCGUGCCGCUCUUCUCCUACCAGCUCAUCGGGGACUCUUGCAGCCGCCAGCUCGCCUUCUCCUCCUCCUUCUCCUUCACUCUCACCCGCCCUGCUGCCUCUGUUUCCAAAGGCUUUGCCUUUGUGGUGGCCUUUGAUGCCACCCCGCCCACAACACCGGUGGCGGGCGGCAUGGGGUAUGCGGGGAUGGGAGCGCGCAGCGUGGCAGUGGAGUUUGACACGUCGAUGGAUGCGGGCAAUAGCGACCCUGACAGCAACCACGUGGGCAUCAACACCGGUGGCAGUGUCACGUCGGUGGUCACAGCCAAGCCCAGCACCCCUCUCAAUGACGGCAAGCCCAAGCACGUGUGGAUCGAGUACGACCCUUCCUCCAGUGGCUCCCUGCGCGUCUUCCUCUCCUCCCAGGCGUCCCCUCGCCCCACCACCCCCCUCCUCUCGGCACGCAUCUCCCUGUGUGAAGUGCUCGCCCCCUCCCCAUCGGAGUACACCUUUGCCAUCGGCUUCACUGCAGCCUCGGCCGCACGAGCUCAGAGCCAUGUCGUCUCCGCUUGGUCCUUCCCCACCUUGGUGGGCAGCGUCGAGGCGGCAUACGGCAUUCUGGGGAACGCUGCAGCGGCGCCGGUGCUGUCAGUGGAGCAGCUGAAGGCCGCCAUGAAGGUCGGCUGCUCUGGCAGCACGCCCUCUCAGGCCUUCCAGCUGCUGCUCAAGCUCGCACGCAAGGGAGGCGGGCUCGUGCUGGAAAGCCAGGGGGCGGCCGAGAAAGGCAAGAAGCUUGCGAGGGCAGGCAGUACCAGUAUCAGUCCUCUCUGCGUGCCGCUUAUGAAGCCACUGGCGAAGCUGUUUGGUGUGGCGUGUAGCAAGGGCGCACAUCUCAGAGGUAGCUUUCCCAUCAGGGGCUUUGAGUCUACUUCUUUUUACGGCUGGUUUGGGCUGCUGCUGGCCGUGCAGCGGCAGCCAGUGGUGGUGCACAUUGAGGCUUCCGCCGACACGUUCAAGGAAUACGAUGGGCUGUCCAAGUACCAGGACCCAGCGUGCUUCACGUACAACCUGAACCACGUGGUGCUGCUGGUGGGGUACCGCCUGGUGGGCAAGGACUCGCGCUUCCCCCACAUGGCGCCGCCCUUCUGGAUCAUCCGCAACUCAUGGGGGCCUGACUGGGGCGAUGGGGGCCACAUGCGCAUGGACAUCCAGGGGGGGGAUGGCGUGUGCGGCAUCAACUCGCUGCCAGGCCUCUACCCCGUGGUUAGAGGUGAGCGCAUGGUUAGAGGUGAGCGCAUGGUUAGAGGUGAGAGCAUGGUUAGAGGUGAGCGCAUGGUUAGAGGUGAGAGCAUGGUUAGAGAAAUCGCUAGCUCACAGUACACGGUCAUGGCUCGCAACCUCUUCUGCUCAAACAUCCAUCCACCCUUCGGCAUCUCGCUUAACAAGUUCCGUCAGCUGAAUCCGGAGGUGGAUUGCAACUCCCCUCUGCGCGUAGGCAUGGUGCUCUCUGUCGUUCCAAAUCCCAGCAUCGCUCCCUGCUCCGUCUUCUACACCACUGCAGAGGGCGACACAUGCCAGUCUAUCGGAGAGUACUUCAGCCUCAACAACUGCCCCCACGGUGACCCCGCCUGCGCGUCAGCCUUUCAGGCCCUCAACCCCGGGCUCUCCUGCUCCCUCAACAGCGGCCAGCUGCAGCCCAACCAGGCGGUGUGUGUGGAGCGACGUGCAGGAGGCUCAGGGCUGGUGCUGCCGGUGUGCUCGCAGUACUAUCUCGUGCAGGGCGGUGAGACGUGCGACUCUAUCCGUACAGUGCCCCGCUCGCCUCUCUCUCGCCUUGACUUCUUCCGAGUCAACCCCGGCAUCAAGUGCAACCGCCUCGUGCCAGACACGACCCUGGACCUGCACACGGGGUUUGAGGCAUGCAUACAGGUUUCCAGUGAGGACACCAUAGGGGACUGCCCUUGGGACAAAACGUACGAAGUAGGUGCGGACGACCGCUGCAGCUCCAUCCACAUCAGGUUCUUUAAAGGCAAUCGAGGAUGUUUCAAGCGCAUCAACGGAUUUGAUUGCAUCGAUAAAAUGCCUGCAGGGUUUAGAAUUUGCCUGCCAGACCAAGGCAGGAUUCACCAAGGAGUUUGCACAGUUUAA